GCUUCUUAUUCAAAUAUGAUAGGUUAUGUUUGAAUGUUUAUUUUCUACCACGUCGGUAUACCGAUCAGCCGUAUACGCGCUUACGAUUCCUCAUUACCCUAACGAUUAACGCGUUGAAAUUUUUGGGAUUAAAAAGAAACGUUACGAUAAUGUCGAGAAAUGGUAUGGCAUUCAAUAUUUUAUCCAGAAGUAUUUCUACAUCGCCAAUAUCUAAUCAAAUAAUGAAAUUAACACGAUUGAGGGUCGUGGAUAAUAGCGAUAUUGGAAAGCAAGCAAUGUUAGAAGGGAAACCGCCACGCUGUAUACAUGUUUAUAAUAAAAAAGGAGUUGGAUACAUUGGUGACAAAGUUAUGGUUGCAAUAAAGGGUGAGAAGAAGAAAGCUAUAUUAGUUGGCUUGAAACAGAAACAAAAUGUAAAGGUUCCAAAGUUUGACAGUAAUAAUAUAGUUCUCAUAGAUGAUAAUGGAACGCCUUUAGGUACCAGAAUUCAGGUUCCAAUUCCUCAUAUUCUUAGAACAAUAAUGAGAGAAAAAACACACAGCAAAGGUGCUGAUUACACAAAAUUGCUAGCUAUUGCAACAAAAUUUGUAUAAUCGAUUUGUAUAUACUUGAUGUCACGAGAGUCCAUAACUGCGAAAAGACCAGUUUUCGUUCUUUUCUGCGCAUUGUCGCUCUGAUUGGCGAUACUUCCAGCGGAAGUGGAAAGCGAUUGGCGGAUCGCUUUCCCCCACCAUCGCUGCGUUGCCCCGCCAUAUUCCAACCUGCGCGCUUAGUUAUGGACUCUCAUGACAUCAAGUAUAAAUAGAAACCUACUUUCAUUUACAUAUGUGUAUACAUAGUUAAUUAAAUGUAUGAAAUAUGUUGUUUCAA